AUGGCUCUCAGGGUGACACCGACAGGCUCCUUCCACCUGGGCUCUGGGGAGGAGCCGGAACCGUUCAUCAUCCACAAAGAUAUACUUUGUGCCUCCUCCGAUUUCUUCAAGAACGCCUGCAAAGAGCCUUGGAAAGAGUCCGCCGGUGUGGUGGAGCUUUCCGGCACAGAGCCUCGCCUUUUCGAGGUGUACGCUCGAUGGCUCUACUCGCCAGAUGUCCUGAAUUUGAUGGAAAAGCCCGUCGUCACUACCGCUGCGAACGGAGCUAUUUCCGUGCCCGCAUAUGAACCGCUGUUCCAUCUAUACGCCCUCGGAGACAUGCUUCAAGACUCCAAGUUCAAGAACGCAAUCUUGGAUAAGAUUGUCGAGGUUCGCCGUCUUGUCAACUAUCAUCCGAUCUGCUUCUCGGCUUUCGUCUACAGCGAGCUUCCUCCUUCGUCUCCCCUUCGUCGACUUUAUGUGGACUUCUGGGUUGGCUCGUCGGCCAGUGACUGGUUCAACACGAAAAAUCCGGCUGAUGACUGCAAUUCACCGGAUGCUCCCAUGGAGUUUUUCCGUGAUGUUUUGAGACAGUCCAAGACCGGCGGUGCCGGCAAAAGGCCGUGGGAGGAGAACAUCUGCCAGUACCACGAGCAUCCUGCCGGGAUUAAAUGCCAGAAGUGA